AAGUAAAGGAUUCGCGAAUUUCUCUUUGUUAAAUUUUAAUUAAAAGAUAUCGAAAUAAGUUUACCAACUGGAUAUAUAUAGUUUUCAAACAUAAAUUUCGAUGAUUUAUAACAGGACUUUUAAAUAAUAGUAAUAUACUAACGAAAAACAACAUUUAAUAAUUCAAUAAGAGAUAGAAAAGAUGUGCUAUACAAAAAUGUUAAAAUAAAAAGAACUUAAAACUCCUACUAAAAUAUAUAAUUUUUCGUGACGUGAACGUUCUGCUCAAUAUAUUGUCAGUUUUAUGAAUAGUAGAGCGCAGUUUUGGGAGCACUCAAGGAUCCAUAAUUUCCAUUCCUGAUGAAAGCUAAAAUUUUACAUUUAUUAAGCAGUUGGGGUUAACGAACUGUAGAGUUUUAUUGGCGGAUACCUAAUCAGUUUUUGGUGAAGUAUUUGCAAGAGGAAAGGGUCGGAUUGGCCAUGAAAACAUGGCCUGUAAAAUCGGAUUAAGUAAUUAGAAAGUUGCCAGCGCAUUAAGUAUGCAAGUUCAAGUUAGGGACUGCAUAUUUAAAAGCCCUGUUGUGGGCCAUCAAAUAUGUAGCAGAGGAAAAAGAGGCAGCGGCAGCGGCCAAAACUCAUUAAUAACUGUCGUCGUUUCGCAUACAAAAUGAAAGUAUUUAUGCAAGCCAAACAAAAGCGGUUUUUGAAAAACAUCGAGGGGGCACGGCAUAAAUUUCAAGUGAAAUGUGAAAUGUCGAAUGUGAGCGCUGCACACACGCAACUCUUGCCAUUUUAAUUAAUGUCAAACUCUUAUCAUUGAAUAUAAAAUAUGCACACACACAGGGGAGAUGGGGAAGCGAAAGCGGCUCACAUGUGCAUAUGGAAUUUACAUACCAGCUCGCUUUUCUUUGUCAAGUUGAACAGGCUGAAGGAAACAAUGCUCGGUCCCGUCCCCCUUCGUUGCCUUGACAAAUCCUUUCUUUUUUCUCGGCUUGCCGCAAAAAGCAAUCAAAGCAAAGGCACAAGAAAAUUCCCCAGGAAAACGCAUGCUUACCAAUUAACGAGAUAUGUGCGAAUGUGCAAGAAAGCGCGAGAAAUUUAGCAAGAGGACAAAAACCCCAAAGAGAGAAACCACAAAAAGUGGCAUACAAAUCAAAUGUGCUUAAAGAAAAACACAUGCGAAAAAAUUUAUAAAAACAAAAACCAAUACAAAGGCAGGCCAACACACACACACACAUACACACUCAUACACAAAUAGGCACACAGCUAGAUGAUAGACAAGGGUAAGGAGGCUUAAGAGGUGGAGGGGGAAAAUGGUCGACUUUGGAGCCAAGUAGCAAGCGUUUAUGCUAAACAGAGUGUAACUGCCGGGGUGGCCAAAGCUGAGAGUGCACGGUGACAUUUCUGCAAAAAGCCAGAAAGGAUAACAACAAGGCAACACCAGAGCACACAAAAGGUGCCAGUCGACACGCACACAGACACACGGGCACAUUAGGACCUGAGAGAGCGAGAAAGAGAGAAUCUGGCUUUGCAGAAAGUGUAGCACACUUUCUCGCGCUCAGGCUCGUGCUAUUUUUGGCCAACUCUCUCGCUGUUUCGCUCUCCCUCUCUCUUUCUCUGGCUUUUUCGUCCUGCAAAACCUUUUCGGCUCCUAGCUGGCCAACUGACUGCUAGCCAACUGGCUGUCCUGCCAAACGGUUUUCAAACGCUCAGCUGAGAAUAUGUAACGGACGAACGCGGCUGGCAAAACUCACAGACGUGAAUGAACUAAGAUAAGACUUUCGAAUCUAGCAAAUAUGUCCCAUAGUUUCCCGAGAAGCGUAGUUAUUGCUGUAACCACUUAACAAACAAUGCCCAAAGUUAAGGCGAAACGAAGCUCUAGCAAUCGAAACCAAUAAAAUGAGCCCCGUCGCCUGCAACACCAACAUCAACAUCGGUCACAUCGAGAAGGUUGCAGGCACUCUAAGGACAAUUACAGCUGAAGCAACAUCAACCCAAAUCGGAACAGCCACAACGAUAUUGAACGAGCGAUGAGAUGGAGCGUCCGAUGGGAUGACGAACUCAGAAACUCAGUAAGGGAGCUGCAACUGAAACUGAAACUGAAACUGAUACUGAAACCACAGCGGAACUCGAAGUCUGCGGCGACGAAAAUAGAAAAUCUGUGAAAUCCAACCAAAAAACGGCAGAGGCAGCCAUGAACAGUGCGGAUAUUUUGUAAUUAUUAAUGAGCGCAUAGAGCGGGCAGAGUGAGCGGGGUGAAGCAGCGCCGAACCGAGCGAUACGUAGCGGGAUAUCACGAUGUACACUCUGCUGGAGCUCGACUAACACACUGACACACACUCACCCCAGCCCAGGACCCACAAUCCCGACAGAUUCCCCACAGGACGACAGGACGAAAGGACGACGGCAGGCAGGAAAGGCAACGAAAGGCUCAAUUUCAAGGAAUUUGCAAAGCGCUCGCACACAUACACACAGGAAACACACACACACACCAUCACAUGAGCGGGCAUCUCUCCCGUCAGGAUAGAAGUAAUUAAAAGUAAAUAAAGGAGGCAAGAGAAAACCGAAAAAAAGUCCCUAAGAGCGUGGUGCUGGAAAGGCAGGAAGUAACCUGAUUACGGGCAGCACAGCAGCAGCAAUUAAUGCCGCAGGAGGGUGGAAGCAGAAGCAGCAGCAGCAGCAGCAGCAGCAAAACCAGAAGCAGAGGAAGCGCAUCAGGAUCUGCCACUGGCCUGAGCUCGACUCGAUCUCCCAUCAGGACGCGGACCGAGGAUUGGAGAAAGGAACGGAGGAGAACGGAGUCUCAAAGGGGAACCACUCUCUAAGCACACCCACUCAACCAUACACUUGCACUGAAGUACUGACUGAAUGCCUCGCUGCCUAAACAACCAACUAACUCACUGACUGAGAGACUUCAACAAGCGGAGAAGUACGGAGAAAGCCCUGACUAGAAGCGCAAGUAGCCGAGCGAACCGGGGGAACCAGCUAGCAACUAAACUAAAGGAGCAACCUUGACUAAUAACUGCAACAACAAGAACAACAACAAAACAACUACAACUUACUUUAUACGCAACUAAAUUAAAACAAAAAACAAACAAAAGCAAAAAGGAAACAAGAAACUAAAAACAAAAAACAAAAAACAAUUAACCAAACAACCAAAAAACGAAAACUUCAAUUUUUAAUGCAAAACUACGAAAAAAGCCACGACAGCCAUUUUAAAUAAGCAACUCUCGCACCCUCCCGAAAUUUGAACUUCCAACACCCGUAACCAACCAGCACACAAAAACACACAUAGCACCACCAUGAGUGAUUCAAGAAUGGACAAGUUGGCCCGGAUGGCGCCCCUGCCCCGCACACCGCUGCUGACCAUCUGGCUGGCCAUCAACAUGGCCCUGAUUGCCCAGGAAACGGGCCACAAACGGAUCCACACAGUGCAAGCGGCAACUGGCGGUGGCAGCAUGCUGGGUGACGUAAACAUAUCCGCUAUACUCGACUCCUUUAGUGUUAGUUACGACAAAAGAGUAAGACCCAAUUAUGGUGGUCCCCCUGUGGAGGUUGGCGUCACAAUGUAUGUCCUCAGUAUCAGUUCGGUUUCGGAAGUUCUCAUGGACUUCACAUUGGAUUUUUACUUUCGUCAAUUUUGGACCGAUCCUCGUUUAGCGUAUAGAAAACGACCUGGUGUAGAAACACUAUCGGUUGGAUCAGAGUUCAUUAAGAAUAUUUGGGUACCUGACACCUUUUUUGUAAAUGAAAAACAAUCAUAUUUUCACAUUGCAACAACCAGUAAUGAAUUCAUACGUGUGCAUCAUUCUGGAUCGAUAACAAGAAGUAUUAGAUUGACUAUUACCGCAUCGUGUCCGAUGAAUCUACAAUAUUUCCCCAUGGAUCGCCAGCUGUGCCACAUUGAAAUUGAAAGCUUCGGCUACACGAUGCGUGACAUCCGUUAUAAAUGGAACGAGGGCCCCAACUCGGUCGGUGUCUCGAGUGAGGUUUCGCUGCCCCAAUUUAAGGUCUUGGGUCAUCGGCAAAGAGCUAUGGAAAUCAGUCUUACCACAGGCAACUAUUCGCGUUUAGCCUGCGAAAUUCAGUUCGUGCGUUCGAUGGGCUACUACCUUAUACAAAUCUACAUACCCUCUGGACUGAUCGUUAUUAUAUCAUGGGUAUCAUUUUGGCUCAAUCGCAAUGCAACGCCGGCGCGUGUGGCGCUCGGUGUGACAACCGUGUUGACAAUGACCACUUUGAUGUCGUCAACAAAUGCAGCGCUGCCAAAGAUUUCGUACGUCAAGUCGAUUGACGUCUAUCUGGGAACAUGCUUCGUUAUGGUCUUUGCCAGUCUACUGGAAUACGCCACGGUCGGCUACAUGGCAAAACGAAUUCAAAUGCGAAAACAAAGAUUUAUGGCGAUCCAAAAGAUAGCCGAGCAGAAAAAGCAACAGCUCGACGGAGCGAACCAGCAGCAGGCGAAUCCGAAUCCCAAUGCGAAUGUGGGAGGCGUAGGCGUAGGACCCGGAAUGGGCGGACCCGGGGGACCCGGUGGACCCGGUGGCGGGGUCAACGUGGGCGUGGGCGUUGGACCGGAGCAUGGUCACGGGCAUGGUCACCACGCCCACAGCCACGGGCAUCCGCACGCGCCCAAGCAAACAGUGAGAUUCAAGGUCCACGACCCGAAGGCCCAUUCCAAGGGUGGAACGCUGGAGAACACGGUGAAUGGCGGACGCGGCGGUCCGCAAUCGCAUGGACCGGGUCCGGGCCAGGGCGGCGGACCGCCCGGCGGUGGCGGAGGCGGUGGCGGCGGUGGCGGGCCGCCCGAGGGCGGCGGCGAUCCGGAGGCAGCGGUCCCAGCCCAUCUUCUGCAUCCGGGAAAAGUAAAAAAGGUAAAGGACAUCAACAAGCUGCUGGGCAUCACGCCCUCCGACAUCGACAAGUACUCGCGCAUCGUGUUCCCCGUGUGCUUCGUCUGCUUCAACCUGAUGUACUGGAUCAUCUACCUGCAUGUCAGCGACGUGGUCGCCGAUGAUCUGGUGCUCCUGGGCGAGGAGUAGGUGGGCGUCCUCAAGCGACGCAAGGAUUCGAGGGCGUGGCCCAAGGACACAGGAGUGAACAGCGCACGAGAGAGUCAAACUGUGCACGGCGCUGAAAAACCACACAAAAAAUAUAAAAUGGAGAAAUAACCAAACAAAAAAAAAAAUACAGAAAACUAGACACAAAAAAAUAAGCGGAAACAAAACUAAUUUUAACUAGCGAUAUGAAAAUGCAGAAGCAAAAGUUUAUUGUUUAAUACCAAAGCGGGAAGGACACACACAUAUUACAAGGUCGAAAGCAAAGAAUAUUGUUAAAUAUAGAUUUACACUGAAAUAAAAACAAAAAAAAAACCCAAAAGGUGACAAACCAACAUUAGAAUUAACAACCAAAUGAGUAUAAAUGAAUGAAGAAUAAUCAAAAGCAACAGAUUAGCAAAUUGUAGUAAAAAUUAUAUAACGAAAGGCAUAAGUGAAAGUGUUGAGGAGAAUUAUGAACCGAUAAAAAAAGGAAACCAUAAAAAAAAACCACAAAUAUAACGAUCUAAAAUCAUACGCAACAUAGGCAUUAAACGAUAACGAAGGAUGACUAUGAGAAACCCUCGAAAUAGCGCAGUCGAAAAGUUGAUUUCAACACACCAAGUAAUAAAUAGAUGGUUAAAAAGUUUCCAUUAUCUUUGCGGCGUUUUGAGUUUGAGUUUACGAAAACGAAAGACCUUUGCUUCCCACUUCAAAAGCAAAACACCCAGAGAGUCUUCCUCUAAUUUAAGUGCGUUUUCCCCUUUUUCAGCUGCACGCUCGCAAAAACCGAAACCGAAACCAAAACCAAGCCGAACCUGAUCUAAACCAGAACUCACUAUGUUGAUCCAUUGAUUGCCCAUUCAGUUGGUUGAUUUGUUUAUUCAGAACUGACUUAGCGCUUCCAAGUGAAAUGGCCAAAUUUAUUAGAAAUCAAAACGUAGUGCAAGGGACAAUUUCGACAAUUGCGAAUCAGUUUGGCGAAUGAAUGAUUUCGUUAAGUUAACUUUAAAUGUAUGAUAAAUCGAACACGAGACAGUCGACACGUAAGAUCGAGAGGUUUUUAAUCAUUUGCACACCACACAAUAAACUCGACAAGGAUAUUAUGAAUUACUUUGGAGCGCACCUUUUAUAAGCAAGCAUCGGAGAUAAGUCAUACAAAUAGUUAGUGCAAUUGACAUAGCGAAAUAAUAAUAUGAACGAUAAUGAUUCAUUUUAGUUACACCAAUUUUGAUAUCAACUUUAAAACUAACAACAAAUUAUUCAAACUGCACUCACUCACUCACGAACACAAGAAUCAGAAUCAAACUGAAACUGAAACUGAAACAAAAACUUUUCGAAGACAACUUUGCGGCACCAUAUGAAAUCAAUCUAAGGUCUAAGUGAAAUUUUCAAACGCAAGUAUGCCCAAUAAAUACCAGUAAAUUAAAAAAAAAAAACGAAUACAAAUAGAACAUAGAACAUGAAGUACACAAGUAUGAAUGAAACUGCCUAUGAAAAUAGCGUAUAAGUCUAACAAAUAGUUGCUAAAAAGAAUUAAACGAAGACAAUUGAUUUUCAAUUCAAUUUGUAAAUACAAACAGAAGACACUCGGAACAUUCUCAAAGCAAAGUAGGAGCAAAACUUCGCAAUUAAACUUAGUUAAUGUAAUCGAAUGUGGUUAAGCGAUUAACUCGGAUGCGUUCAAGCAGUCAAUAAAGCGAUAAACUAACAAAACAUACUUACGAUGCACCGUCUUAAGUUAGCCUAAUGACACACAGAUACACACACAUACACAUACACAGACACAGAUACACACCCACACACGGGCAGGAAGGGAGACAAAAGAAACACGUAUAUAUAUAUAUAUUUGAAUUUUCGCUCAAGUUCCUCGAUGAAUCACAUACACAAAGAGAAAGAAACAAAAGAGUUAAGUUAAUUAAAACACAUAAUUAAAGGCAAGUGAGUUUAACUUUAAACGUAAAAUAAAGAAAUUAAAAUACAAUUUAGCACAAUGGAGAUAACUAAGCAAGCCAUACCAAAAUAUCAUCAAUGAAUUUUAAUUUAGUGUUUAUGAUUAGUGCAAGGGCAGAUCGUAAGGCUAAAGAAUUUUGUACAGUUAGCUAAAGUUAAAGCUAGGAUUUAGUUAAGCGCCAUAAUAUGGCCUAAACACACACACACACACACAAACACACACAAGCGUAUAUGUAUAUAGAGUAUGGCUUAAGGCGACACAAGUAUAUGAGAUAUAUAUUCAUAUAACGUAUUUAGGCACCUACGUAUAUGUAGCACGAGUUUUUUAUAUGUAAACCAAACAAAAUUGAACCCUAAUCCGUAAACCAAAAAGCAACAAAAAAAAAAACAAAAAACACAAAAACAAUUAACUGUAUAUACGAAAAGUACUUAUGAAUGGAACACUGACGGAGGAGGACGUUGUAGGUGGAGGAGGACGUUGGUGGUGACCCAAAAUGGAUCAGCUAUGGAACCCUAGAUAUACUUAAGACGAAACCUGUAACCCUUCUUAAGGACUACCUAACCAAUUCAGCAGAACGACUACCGAAGAGACCCCAAGGAAAAUUACUUUAUUAACGAUCUAGACAGACACAAACACACACACACACACACUCACACAACACGAGCAAAAGUUGAAACAAUUAAUAACAGAUAGUCGAGGAGUCGACCAUUUGAUACCCUUUAGCCAUACACUCUAUCGUCUGUCUGCUUAUUGGAAAGUCCCUCAAAGUCCCUACCCAUUUUGCACCAAACGUUGGCUAAAGAGUAUCCGAAAUCUUAACUAGGAAUCUGAGCGAAAUGAAAGCAAUAUAAGGUUUAUCAAAAAUUAAUUGAUUAACUGAUUAACUUAUAAUUUAUUGAGCCAAUUGAAACGGAUUUGAGGCAAACUGCAAUUGAUCUACCAGCCACACAGAACAUUUCCCAAGAAAAUAGCUAUAACUCGAGACUCGGCCACAUACAAGUGAAAUCGGUGAUAAAGAACAUAAAUAAUAUGUAUCUGCUUAUAUUAAAACCUACACACACACACACGCAAAUAUAUAGAUAUAUUUUGUAGCUAUACAAGUGUCAGAAAUCAAUUAUGUUACCGA